UGUGAAUAUGUAUGUGUAUGUGAAUGUGUGUGUGUGUGUGUGUUUGUGUGUGUGUGUGAGAGAGAGAGAAUUGCUUUUGAAAUCACUUCACUCUCACACGCGCAUCUUGCAGCGGCGCGAAGUGAGUGGUGGAGCAAACGAACCCGAGGCAGCCCAUAGUUGUGUGACUGUAAGAGGGUGACUUACAGAGGACCAAAACGCUGGCAAUUAAUGUACAUAUUGUGGUUUUAUCCUGUUUUUUUCCCCUCCAUGGCAUUUCACUUUGGAACCCUCUGCUACGGGAACAUAUUGAAGAUGCUGUCAUUUUAGUGUAGCAGUGGUGAGAAUGUUCCAAACUAAGCACGGGAUCCUGCUGUGAAACUGGUCCGGAGACCUUCUAAUCUUCUAUACUGGGUUGUUUCCGUAUCAGAUGAUGGGAGAACAAUCUGAUGCGUGGCACUUCGGGUUCACCAAGUUGUUUUCUGACGGCAAUUGGCAAUUAAUCCAACACACACGAUUGUACAGGGAAUUGAUAUCCGGGGGACCAUCGUUGGAUUUGAAGGAAUAACCUUCGUUGGCCGAUCCAGUGGAAUGUUUUUUGUUAUUUUUACAGGGAGUGCAUUGUUAAUGUAUUGUGGAUUCCUAAUUGUGGGGAGAUAUUGAGGGCUGAAGUGGCUUCCUUCAGGAGCGGAGAGAGAUCGACGCGUCUAGCCCGGCUGAAGCGCUCAGAUCUGGGAUAGCCUACUGAGGAGUUAUCAUCCAUCCAAGGCCGAAGCUGUGCCAGUCGAGCGGAGUAAUGGCGCUGAGGUGGGGUGCCACCCUGGUAUUGGCCGCCAUGCUGCUGGUUUACUGUGGCGCCUCCCCCACCGACAUUCUCUACCGGAUGCGCGAGGAGCAGCCUCCCAACACGUUGAUCGGCAGCCUGGCAUCGGAUGAGGGCCUGCCUGACUCGGGCCACCUGUACAAGCUGGAGGUGGGCAGCCCUUACCUUCGUGUGGAUGGCAAGACGGGUGACAUCUAUACCACGGAUAGCCCCAUUGACCGUGAGACGCUGCGGGACUGCCGCAACUUGUUCGAGGGCGACAAGUGCUUCCUGGAGUUCGAGGUGUCCAUCACGGACCUGAUGCAGGGCCAGGGACCGCGGCUGAUUGAGGGCCUCAUCGAGGUGCAGGACGUUAAUGACAACACACCCCAGUUCGCCUCGCCCAUCCUCACACUGUCCAUCCCAGAGAACACACACAUCGGGGCCGUCUUCUUCAUCCCCAUGGCCAGCGACAAGGACUCGGGCCACAAUGGCGUGGCCGAGUAUUCACUUAGUGCCGGGCCUAACGCCGACCAACUCUUCAGCCUACAGGUGGCCGAGGACACGGAUGAGAAGUUGCCGCAGCUCAUCGUCAUGGGCAACCUGGACCGCGAGCAGAAAGACUCAUACGACCUUAACAUCCGCGUGGUGGACGGGGGCACACCCCCGCGCGCCAGCAGUGCCCUGCUGAGGGUCACCGUCACCGACCAGAAUGACAAUGCACCCAAGUUCGAGAGGAGCCACUACGAGGUUGAGCUGGCCGAGAACAGCCCAAUGGGACACUCAGUUCUGCAGGUGAAAGCCAGCGAUGCUGACAUGGGCACUAAUAGGGAAAUCGACUACAGCCUGCACCAGGCCUCCGAUGCCAUCCAGAGACUGCUGCACAUCGACAUCUCCACAGGCAUCAUAUACGUCAAGGGCCUGGUGGACCGAGAGGAGGAGAACUUCCUCAAAUUAUUCGUGAUAGCCAAGGACCGCGGCCCCAACUCCAAGAGCUCCAAAGUCCUGGUGACCAUAAACAUCAAAGACCAGAAUGACAACGCACCCUCCAUCGAGAUCCGCGGUAUCGGCCUAGUCAACCACCAAGACGGCGUGGCCAACAUCUCUGAGGACAUGCCCAUCGGCACGCCCGUGGCACUGGUGCAGGUGUCGGACCGCGACGAAGGGGAAAACGCAAUGGUCACCUGCGUGGUGGCUGGGGAAGUCCCCUUUCGAUUGCGGCCCGCCAGCGAGUCAGCCAACGACCGCAAGAGGAAGUACUUCCUGCAGACAACGACCCUGCUGGACUAUGAGCGCACCAAGGACUACAGGAUUGAGAUAGUAGCAGUGGACUCUGGAAACCCCGCUUUGUCCAGCACCAACUCCCUGAAGGUACAAGUCACCGACAUGAAUGACAAUGCACCUGUCUUCUCCCCCACCCUGUUCGAGGUGGAUUUUGCAGAGGAGAACAAGCCAGGCGAUAAGGUCCUGGAUGUGUUGGCCACGGACGCGGACAGUGCCGCCAACGCAAAGCUGACUUACAGCAUCAUCAUGGAUUCGGCCACUAAGGGUCUCUUUGAGAUCGACCCCAAAACGGGAGAGGUGCGCGUGAGGAACACGCUGGACCGUGAGCACAGGGAGCACUACGAGUUCCACGUGGCGGCGGCCGAUAUGGGCACGCCUAGGCUGAGGGGGACGGCCACGGUGGUGGUCAAGGUGCUGGACCGUAACGACAACGACCCCAAGUUCAUGUUGAGUGGCUACAGCUUCUCCGUCUUGGAGAACAUGCUUCCGCUCAGCCCCGUCGGCAUGGUGACGGUCAUCGACGCAGAUAAGGGCGAGAACGCCAGGGUGCAGCUAUCGGUGGAGCCUGACAACGGCCAGUUUUUCAUCCAGAACGGCACAGGCACUAUCCUCUCCAGCAUCUCCUUCGACCGCGAGAAGAAGAGCACCUACACUUUCCGCCUCAAGGCUAUUGAUGCCGGUGACCCUCCCAGGUCCUCUUACGUGAGCGUGACUAUCAACGUCUUGGAUGAGAACGAUAACGCCCCCUACGUCACCAAGCCCUCCAACUCCUCCUACAAGUUCCUCCCACCUCUCACCAACCCUGACACCAGCGUGGAAGUGGUAGAGGCCGAGGACAUCGACACAGGACCCAACGCCGAGCUGGUCUUUAGCAUCACCGGCGGGAACCCCUACGGACUCUUCCACAUUUCCCCCAACAAUGGAGAGAUCACCCUGGCUCAGGAGUUCACCCGCAAGCACAAUGGGCUCCACCGUCUGGUGGUGAAGGUGAGCGACAAAGGCAAGCACCCGUGCCACACCACCACCCUGGUCCACAUCUUCAUCAAUGACACCAUGGGGAACAUCACACUGAUCGAGUCUCUGGUGGGUCACAGCCUCUACACCCCUCUGGACAGAGACAUUGCCGGGGACCCCAACUACGCGCUGGCCCAGCGCAGCAACAUCCUGUGCGGCAGUCUGGCGGGCAUCGCCGGAGUAAUUCUGGUCAUUGUGGUGGUGGUGGUAAUCCGCCAUCGCCUGCAGAAGGACACCAAGAGUGGCUACCAAGCAGGCAAAAAGGAGAGUAAGGACCUGUACACUCCCAAAGCAGGGCCCAUGAAUGGCAAGGGCAAAAAGAGCAAGAAGGGCAAGGCGCACAAGCCCGCCAAGUCAGUGGAGGAGGACAAGGAGGCCAGCCUCCAGAAGGGCCUCAAGUUCAACCUUAUAAAUGAUAAUGUCAAUGACAGUCCCCGGAUCCACCUGCCCCUCAACUACCCCCCGGGUAGCCCCGACCUGGGCAGACACUACCGCUCCAACUCCCCUCUGCCCUCCAUCCAGCUGCAGCCCCAGUCCCCCUCCGCCUCCAUGAAGCACCAAGCCGUUCAGGACCUACCUGCCACCAACACCUUUGUGGGCACGGGUGACAACAACUCUACAGGCUCUGAUCAGUAUUCUGAUUACAGCUACAAGGCCAACCCGCCAAAAUACAGCAGCAAACAGAGAGUCAUCUAUCCACCAUAUAAAGAACCCUCAAACUACACUGGUGGCAAUGAGUUGGAUCAACACACACUUCCCCACCGCCGAGUGACCUUCUCCACAGCCAAUCAGGCUCAAGACCUGCAGGACCCCUCCCAGCACAGCUACUACGACAGCGGAUUGGAGGAGUCUGAGACCCCCAGCUCCAAAUCGUCAAUGGGGCCCCGUAUCGGGCCGCUGGCCCUGCCUAAGGACCACUACGAGAGGACCACCCCGGACGGCAGUAUCGGAGAGAUGGAGCACCCGGAGAGCGGUGCAGUAUCGGGUGCAGUUCAAGAGAUGGGGGCCAGACAAAAAAGACUACCUUAAGACACAAAUAAGACAGAAAAUCAAAAUAUUUUUUUCUUAAAAAGUUCUAAAAGAUUUAGUGCACUCUCUUUUUCUCUGCUGCAGUUCAAAUUAUUUCUUCCCUCCCAUCAUAUGCCUGUCGUCCUGAACUGCUUUUAUCGCUAGAUGUCUGUCAAAUAGAAACUUGGUACAAGUCUGUUGUGGAGUAACGAAAGAAGGAGAAAAACUCUGACAAAGGUUGUAACUUUGUCCAAAAGUUGAUAACUCAAAAUAAUGACUGGAACUUUUGUCUAUUUGGAGGUCAAGACUGGUAGUUGAGUCAUCCUCCCUAAAGUUUUCCCUCUCCUCUUCUUUUUUGAUAUUUUUGGAGUGGAACUCAUACCUCUAUGGAUACUGCGGCCUUCGUCAUAUGGAUGUAGACAUUAUCUAAUAGAUCCAUUACGUUAUAACUGGAUUAUGUCUUCAUUUUUGGACUGUCUUUUUGCGGCCACUGUGCUCUCUCCCUUUUUGUGUUCCUGGAGUGGUUCCACUCUGUGUGUGGGUGUGAGGAGUGGGAUUUGUAUAAAUUUUUUCUGCCUCCACCCGUCUUACCCCCUGGUGCCUUUCCAUCUGUCCGUCUGUUCAUCAUCUGUGAUUGACAGUCAGAGUAACCAGGACAGGGUUUGACAGGUAGUUCCCAUCGGUAGCUUUUACAGAAGCAGCAGCUGCUUGUCCUUGGGUCCCCCCCCCCCCCAAAAAAAAAACAAGGACAGUCACCCAAAUGUAAAAUAUCACAAUAUACACUAUAUAAACAAAAGUAUGUGGACACCCCUUCAAAUUAGUGGAUUUGGCUAUUUCAGCCACAACUGU